CCGCUUUAAUAACUUACUUUGAUAACGAUUCUUGCAUUCGUAUAAAAACCAGUGCGUAUUCAUCUGAAACAUUGUCAAGUUUACAUUCAAACGGUCAACAUGUUCAAGGCUGUACUUUUUGUCUGCGCUCAGGCGCUCUUGAUCCAGUCAAUCGCUGGACAGUACAUCGGAGCUGGAUGUGGCGGUGCUCCUUACGGUAUCGGCGCUCCUCUUGGUGGUUGUGGUUGCGGUGUUGCGAUCCCUGCCUCUAGCGGUGGUGGUCUCGGUGUGUCAAGCGCUUCUCCUAUCUCACCAAACGGAGUGUCUGUGCUCUCAGAAAACGCUAUUGAAGGAGCUCUAGCAGUCGCCGGUGCUCUACCGUUCUUGGGAACCGUCGCUCUGGAAGGUAUUCUGCCAACUGCUGGUGCUGGUGCUGUCAACUACGGAUGUGGCAACGGAGCCGUCGCCAUUGUGGAGGAACUUGCUCCCGCUGGCCUUGCUGGCCCACUCGGCUACGGCCUUGGUCCCUUCGGUGCUAUUGACGGUUUAGGCUACGGCAUCGGUGGUCUGGCUGGUCCUUACCGCGGUGGUUGCGGUUGUGGUGUCCUCAUCUAAAAACAACAACAAAUCGUUGCUCGUGUCGAAAAAAAACGGGAAUAGUCCAGGAGCUUUGUCAAAGAUAUAUAUCUUUUAUUUGUUUUACAAAACUCUACGUAGUUAGUUAAAUUAAACAGAUUCCUCAGACUAACCUAGGAAUACCUUUUUAACAUCGCCUGGAUAUCCUGAAGUACCUUCAUAUUCUGAAUAAUAAUGAUAUAAAAACGUCUUUUAUAAC